AUGUCGCGUAUCCUCGGCCUGGCUGCCUCCAUCGCCACGCUAGCAUCCGUCCAAGCAGCUGGCUUCCUCGAACAAGCUACCACAGCGCUCCCUCGGUUUAACUCGAUGCAGGACUUAUUUGAGCAGUUCGGCCAUGAGGUCAUGUAUCUCAGCAUUAUCUUGUUGAUCCUCAUCACGUAUAUAUUUGGCAAGAAGCAUAACGAAGUCCUCGCCAAGACCACCAUGGCCGUCAUGCUCCCUCUCUUCCGCGCCAACUUUUCGCGUGUCGGUGACAACGGAGCAGAGCUCGCUAUCGAUGCUCCCCAUGAGUACAUCAUUUAUUUGACCGGUCGUCGCCACGUUGCUACUAUGAAGCCCCGUCAGGACCUGAUCAGGACCAUCUCCACCUUGUUCUCCACUCCCGUGCUCGACACCUGCACGCUCAAUGUUACCAUGAACCCCGACGAGUACAGCGAUGGUGUUUUUGCUGUCGUCCCAAAAUCGUCAGGAACCAAGAUCCGCAACCGCAACUACGAUCUCACCACCUUCACCAAAGCAUCGAACCAAAAGUCACUGGACGAAUCGCUGAUCACUUUGACCGAGUCCAACGAGUUGACCGAGGCCAUCUUGCCUUUAGUUGCCGACAAGCUGAACCAGGCUGCCGAAUGGCUCGACUAUUUUAUUGUCACUGACCAGCCUACUGACAAGCCCGAGUCUCUCCCUACGAAGCCCCAUGCCAAGCGUAUCUCGUUGUCGUUCCGCUUGCCCAAGGCAACUGAGGCCCGCAAGGUUCUUCCUCUCGUCGAAGCUUUGAUUGCAUGCUUGGAUGGACUUCCUCAGGAUUGCCAUGUCAGCACUGUGAUCAAAAACAAGAUUGUCAAGGCUCGCGAGGAGGCUUCAAAGGAAAUCGGAAAGAAGGCACAGGCAGAGAAGGCUCGCGAGCUGGAGGAAAAGCGUCUUCGUGAGAAGCGCGAGGCCGAGAAGAACUUGUCACCCGAUGCCCAGCGCAAGUUGGCCGCGAAGGAGGAGAAGAAGGCUCUCAAGAAGCGCCAGAAGAAGGUUACCACAAGGUCCUAA